AGUUAGUUCAGUAACGAAUGUGCUGCGUGUAAUCGCCAGCCGUCUAUUGUGUGACGUGGAACUGUGAGCUACGCUUCCGGGAUUGAUACGGAGACUAUCGGUAGCUUCUGUUGUGUGAGGCCCGGCCGCUUCUCCGUACAGCAUGGGGGGUUUCUUUUCCAGCAUCUUUUCCAGCUUGUUUGGAACCAGGGAGAUGAGAAUUUUGAUUCUGGGUCUAGAUGGAGCAGGAAAGACCACCAUACUGUACCGACUACAAGUGGGAGAAGUUGUCACCACCAUUCCAACUAUUGGUUUUAAUGUUGAGACGGUAACCUAUAAAAAUCUGAAAUUUCAAGUAUGGGACCUUGGAGGACAAACAAGUAUCAGGCCGUAUUGGCGCUGCUACUAUUCCAAUACAGAUGCUGUCAUUUAUGUAGUUGACAGCUGUGACAGAGACAGAAUCGGGAUUUCCAAAUCUGAACUGGUUGCAAUGUUAGAGGAAGAGGAGCUGAAAAAGGCCAUUCUAGUGGUUUUUGCAAAUAAACAAGACAUGGAACAGGCGAUGAGCCCCACAGAAGUAGCAAAUUCAUUAGGUUUACCCGCUUUGAAGGAUCGCAAAUGGCAGAUUUUCAAGACAUCAGCUACAAAAGGCACAGGCCUUGAUGAAGCUAUGGAAUGGUUAGUGGAGUCCCUGAAGAGCAGGCAGUAAUGUUACCCUGCCUAGAACAUUCCUUUCUUCUCAUUGUCCAACUGUAGGAAUUGCUCUACAUGUACAUAAUAUGCACCACCACCACCUAACUUCGCUCCUACAGGGAUUGACAAGGGUGUCUGAAUUCAGUCCCCUCUGUCCCCAUCUCCAAUAGCACUGUAUCAUACUGCACUAUUAUUUGUGCCUGUUCUGUAGUGUAGUUUCACUUUAUUUAUGACUGUUUUGUAAUGAGAAUUACAAAUUGGGGGAAUUGCACAACUUGGUUUUGAGAUCACAUAUCUUUUCACUCUUAUGUGAAUUUUUUUUUUAGAUGUAAUAACCUGGUUGAUUUAGAUGAUGGCCAGCUGGAAUAAUGGCCCUCCGCUGUGUAAAGAUUUUACUCUGAAAUCCAUCUGUACAAAAUAAAAAUUUAUAAUGGAAAGAUU